AUGGGAUCAGUAGUUUCUGAGUCACGGCCGGCAGCACUUCAUGCAGCACGUUUAGCGAUGUUAAAACAGUUACAUCUUCAUUUGCCAAUUGAAGAGUCUAAAAUGUGGAACGAUGAUACACAAACAGAUGUUAUUUCUUUGGGAUCUAUUGAUCAGCAGUCAGUAGCAGCUGGAAUUAAUGGGUUUAUGUCUAUUUCAGAGGGACAUUAUCGUAUUCCAAAGAAAAAAAUGUCAGCACCAUUGUUUUUUCAUAGUGAUAAAGAAUGUCCUCGAUUUCAGACGCUUUAUAAGAAUAAGUUCAGUACAUUAUCUUUACGUUCUUCGACUAAAAAGAAGUCUGCUGCUGGGAGAUUUGUUUUGCAUCUUAAGCGUACGUUUUCAAGUAGAAACUUGCUUUUUCAACGGCCUAUUUCAUCUACAUCUCAGUAUAAGGAGAACUUUUGCCCUUCACUUAAUUUAAAAGAGCUGCCUAAGCAUGAUCAAGAUUCUCCGUUCACUUUAUAUGCUUCGAAUACUUUGACAAAUGCUAAUCAUCUUUCAAAAAAGAUAGAUGAAAAUAGUGAAUUUUCUUUGCUUAAAAGGAAAAUAGCUGCUUUAGAAAUUUUGGAGACUCAGAAUGGAAAAGAAAACAAGCCAUUAUCUGAAGAUAGGAAUAAUACUUUAAUCGUUUUACCGGAAGACAGGAAAAGUUCUUUAACUAUAUUGCCGGAAGAAAAUAAUACUAAUAAUUUUUUUAUUAAUACUAUUGAAAACGACAGCAUUGUACCAUCAUCUUGUAUGUCUAGUAAUACUUCUUUAGGCUCUAUAGAUCAUCGUGAUAAUGCUCGGCCUGUGCGGAUUUUUACAAAUGAAAUAUCUCUUGCAACAAAAUUAAAUUGUAAUUUAUAUCAGCCUCAUCGCGCACCUCCAUAUGAUCAAGAAACAGGAAUGAUUGAUUCAUUAAGUCCAUUAUGUCAUUAUCGUCGGACACCUCCUCCUGUACCAACGCAUUCAUGUCAUUCACAAGUUUCUACCUCAAAUAAUACCAUGUUUUCUAAACUUGGAGAUGUAUUUUAUUCGAGACCUUAUAAUAUUAGAUCUCCAUCAGGAUUGGAAAAAGCUGUUAAUUUUAAUUAUGGGGGUAUAGAUGAAUGGAGAAGAGAGAUUCGUAACUCUAUGCAUUUAGGAAGGAAAAAAGACAAUAGAGAUACAUCUUUGUUUUUUUGA